AUGCGACUCCACUGCGUCAAUGCAGUCCUCAUCGCUGCCACUGCUACACUGAUACGCUUAGCCAGAGCUCAAUUCCCCGAUGCUUCGCCCGAGAACCUGAACCUGACCACGAUCGCGUCGCCCGUCGAUCCCAGAAUCACGAUCAGCUACAAGGUACCUCAUGGCGCCUGUAGGACUGCCUUCGAGUCGCAGCAGCAGUACACUGGCUGGGUGAGCAUUCCGGGCGAGUUCCCUACGAACACUUUCUUCUGGUUCGUCGGCGCGCGCGACGCCGAAGCCUCGUCGUCUCUCACCAUCUGGCUCAAUGGCGGCCCGGGUUCGAGCUCCAUGUUCGGUUUCUUCACCGAGAACGGGCCUUGCGAAGUCGUCGACGACGAGAAUGGCGGGUUCACUACCGUUGCCCGAGAAUGGGGCUGGGAUAGGGCGUCGAACAUGUUGUUCAUCGACCAGCCGAACCAAGUCGGCUUUUCGUAUGACGUGCCCACCAACGGCUCCCUCGAUCUGCUCACCAACACCGUCUACAUUCCGCCCGCCGAGCGACCCAACUCCCUGCCACCUACGGCGUAUCUAGACGGCACCUUCAGCUCCAUGAAUAUCAGUAACACGGCUAAUACCACCGAGACCGCAGCGGUGGCUACAUGGCACAUGUUGCAAGGAUUCCUGAGUGCCUUUCCGGAGCUGAACCCCCCCAAAGAUAACAUACUAGGUGUGAACCUGUUCGCCGAAAGCUACGGCGGGAAAUACGGCCCCACAUUCGCUCAUAAGUGGAAGGAGAUGAACGCCGCUCGCGUCGAUGGCUCAGCGUCCAAUAGCACUACAGUAGAGAUUCGCUUGGUUUCGCUCGGCAUCGUUAACGGCUGCAUCGACGACCUGAUCCAGGCGCCCUACUACCCCGUCAUGGCGGUCAACAACCCGUACGGACUUACGGCCAUCAACUCGGUCAGGGCGCGGGCGGCGAACGCUAGCUUCUACAUUGAAGGCGGGUGCCGCGAUCUCAUCAACCAGUGCCGAGCCGCCGUCGCUAGCCAGGACCCGGGUAACACUGGUUCGGUUCCAGAGGUCAGCAGCAUAUGCGCAUCCGCUCAGGCCAGCUGCGCCAAGAACGUCAUGAUGCCGUACGCGGAUGCAGGCCGCAGCUUGUACGACAUCGCCGCGAUGGUCCCCGACUCGUUCCCGCCGCGGCGCUACCUCGAGUACGUGAACACGGCCGCCUUCCAGGCCGCCAUCGGCGCGCGCCUCAACUACACUGAGGUCAACACCCAGGUCGUCUCGGCCUUCACGUCGACCGGCGACCACCAGCGCGAGGCCAUGGUUCCGAAGCUCGCCUCGCUGCUGGACGCCGGCGUGCGCGUCGGCCUGGUGUACGGCGACCGCGACUACGUGUGCAACUGGCUGGGCGGCGAGGCGGUGUCGCUCGCGGUCGCGGCGGCCGCGUCCGGCCGCUCGCCGUACGCGUCCGAGUUCGCGACCGCCGGGUACGCGCCCGUCAUCGUCAACGAGACGUACAUCGGCGGCGUGGUGCGCCAGUUCGGCAACCUGUCCUUCAGCCGCGUCUACCAGGCCGGCCACUUCGUGCCCGCGUACCAGCCCGCGACCGCGUUCGAGAUCUUCGCGCGCAUCAUCCGCGGCGACAGCGUGUCGACCGGCGCGGACGUCGACCUCUCGUCCUACGAUACUGACGGCCCCCUCGACGCCGGCCAAUCCUUCGACCUCCCCCCGAGCCCCGCACCGACGUGCUGGCUCCGCGACGUGCCGGGGACCUGCACGGACGCGGACCGCGCGGCGAUACUGGCCGGCGACGUCGUCGUGGCCGGCGGCGCGCUGCAGGCCGGGCCCGAGGAUACCCGCACGACUCCGUCGUCCACCGUCGUCGUCGUCGUGACUACUACCGUCGUCGCCAGCGGCGGGAGCACGAGCGCCUUGAUCGUCACCAUCACGACGACGGCGACGCGGGCCGGCGAGGGCGACGGCGCGGGCGCGAGCGCAACAAGGCUAACUGGCUUGUUCACGGCCACGGCGACGCCGUCGAGCGCCGCUGGGGCCGUGGGCCGUGGUCUAGGGCAAGGAGGGUGGUGGUGGGAUUCACGGAGCCUAGGGGCGGGGUGGGCGACGGUUGUGGGGGUAGGUGUGGGUGUGCUGCUGCUAAUGUGGUAG